UCAUCCUCCACACUGGUGAAAAACUGUCUCGAACAGAAUGGAUUUUAACAACAAAAGGAGGCGUUCAUGAAGACAAACUUCUUUUGAAGAAUAAAACUAUGUCGUGCUGCGUCGGAUAAAAAGGUCGAGCAAAGAGAAAAGACACGGAGGAAUUUGCAAGUUCAGCCUCGGCUCAGCCAAUCCACGGRCAGAAGUCUGCAGACGUCAAAAUCCUUUGCCCGCAAUAACCGGUUUCACCCGCCUGGAACCACUGCUGAGGUUGAGGGCCCAAAUCCCUCUCUCAAUCACCUACCCUUAUUUUGUUUUCCUCAACUACUCAGUCUCCUGUUUACGCCCUCUCCUGUCCUCCCCCUGCCAUGUCCUUGAGGAACCCACCUCAGCGCCGGCGCUCUCUAGGUCCCGUUUCACCCAAACGAAUCUACAGAAACCUGUCUGUCCGGUUGAGGGGAGGGGAGUCUGUGGCCGCUGAGGUGGACUCGCCCAAACGCAUCAGCAAGUCUGCAGAAGCUUACAAGAGCCUGUGGGAGGCUGUGGAAAACGAGGACACGUUGGCUGUGCAGAGCCUUUUGUCCAAAGACCAUGCCAGCUGUGGAGGAGGAGGAAGCUUGUGGGAGAGAGGAGAAAAGAAAGAGAAGGACUGGGAGAAAGAUAAAGAGAAAGGGGUGAACAGAGUGAGUGAGCAGGGUUUGGUUCCCCUGGAUGUGGCGGCACUCACCCAGAAUUCCCCCCUGCUUCACGUGCUGACAAAAGCAGGAGCCAGACACAACCCUGUUUUGUGCCACCCGGUGGAGUGGGCGCUCAAGCUGGACGCUCUGGUGACCCUGGCGAACAAACGAGUGGAAGAGCGGAAGGCUGAGCUGGCUCAGAAAGCAUCAGCCGGAUCCCAGGCCCAGGCAGAUGUCCAAAGACAGAUCCGCCUCUGGAGGCUCAGGCUACAGCUGUACUGCCGGAUGAGGGAGAACUUCCACAACACAGAGCUCCCUGGUCCUCCCAGCCAUGUGUCCUUACUGGUAACCAGCACAUCCUCUCUUUGUGUAUUGAUCAAAGAGCCAGAGGGAAACACCACGGGGCUCAUCACUCGUUACAGAGUGGAGUGGAGCACCUCAGCCGACUUUAAGCACAUCCUUGGUUCGGGACAAGUUAUGCAGACCAAGAACCCCUCCUUCACCAUCAAGAACCUGACAGCAGGAGAGCGUUACUUUGUAAGAGUGAGCACGUACAACGUAAAAGGAUGGGGCCCGCCUCGCUGCUCUGCUCCAGCCAGCGCUGCCCCCUCCAGCUGGAGAGAGUGUGUUGAUGUGAAGUCACAGCCCAGGAGCCAUCAGGGGCUAGUGAGGAAACUGCUGGAAGAUGCCAAAGAAUCACAGUACAGAGGAUAUUACAUAGAGACUUUCAAGACACAGAGUCCCGGCAAGCGUCUUUCUAUGUCCCGGGGCAUCAAACACCUCUUCCAGUCCGCCACCAAGUUUGUUCGCCUUCUACAAAGGGGUGUGUACUUGGCGACCAUAUUYUACCACAAGGAAAACAUCCUGGUGACAGCUGAAGAUCAGAUCCCACUGGUGGAGAUCCAGUGCUGCUGCACCUCCAUCACCCAGGACUUUCUUUGGUUUGCCAAGUUGUCCUGUGCAUGGCAGCAGGUGCCCUGGCUCCAGCAGGCCCUCUCCUCAGCUCACUCCUCACCCUCCUCCCUCCUCCAGAACAGGCACAACAUCUUGAGAGCUGUUUCCCAGCUGCAGUCUUCUCUAGGAACGAUGGACCUGGGGCAGGUUUACUACGAACCACUGAAGGACCGGCAAGGCAACGUACUCCUUGUGACUCUGAAAGAAAUCUCCAUUCUUUCCAUCCCUCCUGAGCCCCCAUUCCACUGGAUGCCUCUGGACUGCCUGGAAAAGAACCGCAGCAGAACUCCUCUGCUGCCUGAGCCCACUGCCAUGGACACACUGUACGAGCAGCUGAAGGACAAAAUGUCCUUCCACAGGCACAGCAUUCAGUGGUCUCAGCCGGGUCUGUAUGUGGGCAUCCUGAAACUGUGCAGCUCAGUCGACCAGAUCCGGGUCCUGGUGCCUCAGAGGCUACCCAACCUGCUCUGCCACACGAGGGUCCGACACAACGCCCACGUGACCAGGGAGGAGUGGGCUUGGCUGCAGAGUCAUGUUUACACAGCCCACAACGGCAGCGUUCAGAACCAGCUGAGUGGCGAGGACGACAGCUCCGUGGAGAGCAGCGGCCUGGCAGAAUUCAUCAGGUCUCUGAGAGCGGCGAUCACACACCUCCUGACGAAGCUCAACAUCCCCCUCUACAGGGCAUAUCAGUAUGGUGUGUACACGCAGGAGCUGCUGCAGUUUGGUGAAAACAUUUCCAUGCUGCUGCUUCUGCCACCCAGUGAGGACUUCAGCUCCAGUUACUGGCCUCUGGUGGGCACCAAGGAGCCCGGCCUCACCAUGCCUCUGCAGACAUUUGAACUGGUCCACUUCUGGACCUACGAGCGGGACUUCCUGUGCCAGUACUGCCAGGCCUGGGUAAGGCUGGAGCUGGACUCUCAUCUGGCGCAGCAGGCUCAGCGUGAGGCUCUGGACACCAAGGAGCUGCAGGAAGCUCAAGAGCGCCUCAGCAACAUCACUGAGCUUUUUCGUUGUCUGGAUAUGGUGUGGAGGGGUGCCCGCUGGAUUAUGGACUGCCUGCAGUGCGUCCGGUCCAAACAGUGGGUGGGGGCCGUGCCUCUAGGCCUGGUGAUGGGAGGAGACCCCCCGCCGUGUCCUGAUGGUGAAGAAGAAGAAGAAAAAAGACUGACCACCAGGCUGAAAUGGGCCAAUCGGAUGCAAACGCAGAGWUGUGAGACAGAGAGUUCAGCCGGUGUGACUUCAACCCCCACUGCUGAGCUGUCCACUCCAGAAAGAGUCACAGUCGUCCCUGAGGAGGACCUGGUCUUAAUGGAAGGUGUAGUUAAAGGAGGGUACCCAGUUGACAUCAGCGCUCAGCCACCUGCAGACCUCGUUAAUUUGGACUGUGCYAGCUCUCUGCUUGAAUCAGGACUAGAACCCGCUGCCGUGGCCCAGUUUGAAGCUGGGUAUYUAGUGUUGGGAACACAGGAAUCCYACRGCAGGGAGACCAGCAUCUCAGAGGUCAUCCAGCCGAUGGAGAUCGCCGAGCUGGUGGACAUCUUGCCCACGUUGAGUCUUAUUGAAGAGGAGAAUGCCACCGGCCCAACCUCACGCUCUGUAAUGGACGUGCUGGAGAACUUCGGACUGGGUAUCGGGGAGAGAAACGCCUCGUUCRACUUCAGGAGCUCGAGRUUGWUAAGCGGGGAUGAAGCGCUGCCUCUGCCUCUCGAGACGCACUGUGAGGAUACGGAGCAGAGGGAAGAAGAAGCUGCAUCCGUUUGUGACUCUGCCCAUUCUGUAGAUGACGAGAUGACUGCUCUGAGCUGGGACUUUCCUCGAGAGGAUGAGAAGAAACGGGAGGCUGAGAGUCGAGGAACUUGUCUGCCUGUGAGAAGCCUGGUGGAGUGGGACAAACCCUCCAGCAGCUCAUCCUGAUACCAAACAAAAMAUAAGAAUUCUUAACAUUUUUGACUUGAAUUCUUUCCUCUCAGUUCAAAAUAACUCCUGUGAACCCACUCGCCUCUAUUAUCUGAUUGUUGUGCCUAAUUUACCCACUGGAGCAAAUCAACAUUUCUCCUUUUGCACAUUUCAGGAGCUGUCGUUUUAUUUUUAUAGAACAUGCAGUUCACUAAACUCUGUUGGCUGUAAAAUAUUAGUGGUAAUAAUAAGCUGAAGUAGUAGUUGUGACUUCUAAUUGCUCACUACACCCACACUGCUGCUUGUCUGAGCUGUAAAACUCAAAUUAAGGGAGGGGGGAUUUUUGAGCAAAAUCGACUUUUUUAAGUUUUAUACCAUGUUAUAAUGCCAUUCCCUCAUCAAACACAUACCCAGAGUUUUGCUUUGACUCAUUCGUGCAUGUUUGAGAAAUCCUUGAAUCUCCUGUGGUAACCAUGUGGAGCUGGCUAAACGCUUACUGGUACAAAGCACCGCCCACUUAUACAAAGCUCCUCCCUGGAGCUCAGUCUGCAAAUGAGCUCCCACCCCACAGUGCACCCCUCCCCUGUAUUGAAAACGUGCUGAAGUGGGAGUGUGAGAAACCAAGCCAGUUAAGAUGAGGACACAUUUGUGAUUUGUGACAAAAAUGGGUUUUAUUCCCCAAAAGAAUACUUUAAACAACUUUUACAGGGCCCUUAAAAGAGGUCAAAUAAAGAUAACUAGACUCAAGACAAAUUCAUGACUUAACAUAACAGUACCUCAAAGUAACAACUCAAACAAAAAUACACUGACCUGACCUACAACAAGCAAAAGGGGACUUGAUUACUGUAGCAAAAAAAAAAAAAAAAAAACAGGUGAGGAGCUCAGGUGCUGAAGACAAUAUAUAAUGAUGUUCUGGAGGUGCUCCGUGGACAACAAAGCCAACAAUUGAAAGCUUUGUAAAGCUUUGUAAAUAUCACCAGACAAGUCAGUCAAACUAAAAUAUUUACUUUGCAGUUUGUUAAAAAUGAUCUUAUUUAUGUGAUACAUUGAAAUAUAUCAUUCUGUAAUUUUGCUGGCAGGUACGAGCUGCUUUUGAAAAAUAUGAGUCCAAUUAUUUUGGUUCUAUUUCAGUUGAAUCUGAUAAAGCUAGUAAGUGAAAAUCCUGUAUUAGAAAUGUCUAGAGAUAAAAUGAGGAGCUCAGCAGGUUAUCAGAAUAAAUUCCUUGCCACAGCUUUUAAUCCUGCGUCUCUCUUCUCUGGCAUGUUAGGAUCAGUGAAAAUCRUCAAGGUGAGCUGCAGGAAACAAAAAGACAUCUGAUGUUGUAACAUUAAAGGAAUGCUAAAUGGAAAUAAAUUGUGAAUACUGUAGUGACAACUUUUAAAAAGGCAUUCAGGCAAUCAUUCUGGUCAUUUAAGAAUAAAAUGAUUUAUAAUAUA